AUCUCUCUCCUCUCUUUCUCUCUCGCUCCCUUCCUCCCUGUAACUGAACAGUGAAAAUUCACUGGAUCCGCUAACAGGCACAGAUGUCAUGUGAAAACGCACAUGCUCUGCCAUCCACACCGCCUUUCUUCCUUUUCUGUUUCCUUUCCCCCCCCCUUGCUCCUUCUCCUUCUUCUUUGUAACUAACAAAACCACCACCAACUCCUCCUCCUGCUGCGGCUGCCCUUCCUCCUCCUCCUCAGUCCAAGUGAUCACAAAAGAAAUCUUCUGAGCCGGAGGCGGUGGCAUUUUUAAAAAGCAAGCACAUUAGAGAGAAAGAAAAAAGAAAAACAAAAGCAAAACAAAACCCAGGCACCAGCCAGACAGCACAUUUUUUUUUUCACCCUUCCUGAAAACAAACAACCAAACAACCAUCAAAACAGUCAUCACCACCAUCAUCAAAACUGUUAGCAUAGCAGCGGCGGCAAACGUCACCCUCCGGCCACGGCGUCCGCCUAAAGGGAUGGUUUUCUCGGCGGAGCAGCUCUUUGCCGACCACCUUCUUCACUCGUGCUGAGCAGGAUUUUUGGGCUCCGAGGUUCGGGCUGGGAGCAGCUUCAUGACUACGCGGAGCAGGAGAGCGGCCACACCAUGCGAGCACAAAUUGAAGUGAUACCAUGCAAAAUUUGUGGCGAUAAGUCCUCCGGGAUCCACUAUGGAGUGAUCACGUGUGAAGGCUGCAAGGGCUUCUUCAGGAGGAGCCAGCAAAACAAUGCCUCUUAUUCCUGCCCAAGGCAGAGAAACUGUUUAAUCGACAGAACAAACAGAAACCGUUGCCAACACUGCCGACUGCAAAAGUGUCUUGCCCUAGGAAUGUCGAGAGAUGCUGUGAAGUUCGGCAGGAUGUCCAAGAAGCAGAGGGACAGCCUGUAUGCUGAGGUGCAGAAGCACCAGCAACGGCUGCAGGAGCAGCGGCAGCAGCAGAGCGGGGAGGCCGAAGCACUGGCCAGGGUGUACGGCGGCAGCAUCAGCAAUGGCCUCAGCAGCCUGAACAGCGAGGCCGGGGGCACUUACGCCAACGGACACGUCAUCGACCUGCCCAAGUCCGAGGGGUAUUACAGCGUGGAUUCCGGCCAGCCGUCCCCGGAUCAGUCAGGACUUGACAUGACUGGAAUCAAACAGAUAAAGCAAGAACCCAUCUAUGACCUCACGUCCGUACCCAACUUGUUUACCUAUAGCUCUUUCAACAAUGGGCAGCUAGCACCAGGGAUAACGAUGACUGAAAUCGAUCGAAUUGCACAGAACAUCAUUAAGUCCCAUCUGGAGACAUGUCAGUACACCAUGGAGGAGCUACACCAGCUGGCGUGGCAGACCCACACCUAUGAAGAAAUUAAAGCGUAUCAAAGCAAGUCCAGGGAAGCGCUGUGGCAGCAAUGUGCCAUCCAGAUCACGCACGCUAUCCAGUACGUGGUAGAGUUCGCCAAGCGGAUAACGGGCUUCAUGGAGCUCUGUCAGAAUGAUCAAAUUCUCCUUCUGAAGUCAGGUUGCUUGGAAGUGGUUUUAGUGAGAAUGUGCCGUGCCUUCAACCCAUUAAACAACACUGUUCUGUUUGAAGGAAAAUAUGGAGGAAUGCAGAUGUUCAAGGCCUUAGGUUCUGAUGACCUGGUGAAUGAAGCAUUUGACUUUGCAAAGAAUUUAUGUUCCUUGCAGCUGACUGAAGAAGAGAUUGCUUUAUUCUCAUCCGCUGUUCUGAUAUCUCCAGACCGAGCCUGGCUGAUAGAACCAAGGAAGGUCCAGAAGCUUCAGGAAAAAAUUUAUUUUGCACUUCAACAUGUGAUUCAGAAGAAUCACCUGGAUGAUGAGACCUUGGCAAAGUUAAUAGCCAAGAUCCCCACCAUCACGGCGGUCUGCAACUUGCACGGGGAGAAGCUGCAGGUAUUCAAACAAUCCCAUCCAGACAUAGUGAAUACACUCUUUCCUCCAUUAUACAAGGAGCUCUUUAAUCCUGACUGUGCCACCGUCUGCAAAUGAAGGCGACCAGAGGAUUGUCUCCUAGUCAUGGAAUGCAUCACCAUUAAGACAAAAGCAAUGUGUUCAUGAAGACUUAAGAAAAAUGUCUACUGCAACAUUAGGAAUGUCCUGCACUUAAUAGAAUUAUUUUUCACCGCUACAGUUUGAAGAAUGUAAAUAUGCACCUGAGUGGGGCUCUUUUAUUUGUUUGUUUUUGAAAUGACCAUAAAUAUACAAAUAGAGGACACUGGGUGUUAUCUUUUUUUUUUUUUAAUUUUAUUUUAUUCGGGUAUGUUUUGGGAGACAACUGUUUAUAGAAUUUUAUUGUAGAUAUAUACGAGAACAGAGCAGUACUUUACAUGAUUACUUUCCCUGUUAAUUGUUCAAAUAUAAUUUAAGAAAAUUCCACUUAAUAGGCUUACCUAUUUCUAUGUUUUUAGAUAGUUGAUGCAUGUGUAAAUUUGUAGCUGUCUUGGAAAGCACUGUGCAUGUAUGUAAUAAGUAUAUAAUAUCUGAGAAUAUUAUAUAUGACUAUUACUUACACCUGCACAUGCACUGUGGCUUAAAAUACCAUACCCACUAGCGAAGGAGGUUCAGUCAGGCUCUCUCAUAUUAUUUCCCUUCUGUGUUAUAUGUUACCUUUAUGUUAGACAAUCAGGAUUUGUUUUCCCAGCCAGACUUUUCAACUAUCAUCUACGGCAGGAUGGUACCAAUUC